AUGCUCGAGCCAUGUCGACUCACCAACUUGUCGCGAUGCCAAACCGUGUUAAAACGGAAGUCGACAAUGGUGUCUGAUUUGCGAGCGCGGGGGUUUGGCCACCGUCCAUUCAUCUGCUGCUCGGCCCUUCACACCCACGACCACGCAAAAGGACGAACACCACAACAGCAAAUUCCGUAUUCAGUGGAUCAACAACCACCGACCAUGUCCAAGACUGGAGCGUAUGGUAGCAGUACGGUCAAGGUUCGUCAAUCGUAGCUCCAGCCUUACUCUCGAAGGGGUAUCAAUGGAUGAGCUGACCAUUCUUGUUCAUACUCGUGAUAUAGGACACGGCAUUCCGAGUAUGUUCACUACGAUGUACCCCAGAACUCGCGUACAGCCCGACUAGCAUGCGAUACCCGCUGGCUUCGAUACGCGCAUCAAGUCCAGCCGUCUACGAUGGGUGGCACCUACUGAUCCGAAUCGUCCUGGUCGAUCUUCUCACUCUGCAGAAAGAAUGGAACGACGAGGAAUAUACCAACAAGGCAAAAGAAAAGGUAGGGCACGAGCCACAGCCGGUCAUUGAAGGGGGGAAAGAGAGGGACGCUUUCCUACCCCGGGAACGAGGGGCCCACUGACGUGCUAUGUGCUUUGUUCUACAGGACAAGGAGUUGCAUGAUCGAGCGGUCGAGAAUGAAGAGUAUCUGAAGCAGGGUAGGUCAUUCCACUAGCUCGGCUGAUGAAGCAACCCUCCGUCUAUGAUGCCGAAUCGCUGACUCUCAAUGCUUCGUCCUACUACAACACAGGCAAGAAGCCACCCCGACGAGCCAAAGAAGACCUCCCCAAACCGACUCAAUUGAUGCAAGCCCGUGAUGCACCUUUGGAGCUAGACAAGAACCUCAACAAAACGAUCAUCAUCAACGCCGGCGCGGGGCAAGGGGCCGGACAACCGGGUUUUCAUUGCGAUGUCUGUCGCCGCACGUUGAAGGACAGUGUUGCGUAUUUGGAUCAUAUCAACGGGAGGAGCCGUAAGUUCACAGGACGGUGUAUCGUUUCGUUGUUUCUUUGGUCGCGUAACGAAUAACUGAUCCCUACGUUCUUGCAAUCCAAUCUCUCUUACGCGGAUGUCGGAAACUCGAUAGAUCUUCGGAGGCUAGGCCAAACGACCAAAGUCAAGAAAUCAACGCUCAACGACGUACGACAAAAGAUCGCCGAGUUGCGCGCCAAGACGGCGCAAAGUGCCGAAAGCAAAAAGUAUGACUUUGACCAACGGCUGAAAGAGAUUCGCGAGUUGGAGAAGCGGAGCAAGGUCGAGGCCGCGGAGAAGAAGAGGUUGAUGAAGCUCGAGGUUGAAAAAGAGAGGGAGAAGGAGAGGAUGCAAGGUGUGGAUCAGAAUAUGAUGGCUGCCAUGGGGUUUGCUGGGUUUGGGUGAGUGCCGCUGAGAUGAGGCGAGAUGGCAUGCAUGUGGACACGUCUGACUUUUUCGUGGAGACAUGGUUUGACAGGACAACGGCCAAGUAA